GCUCCGCCAGCGACCACCAUGGCGACGGGGGAUGGCGGCGGUGGCGCGAGCCGGGCUCCCGGGACCCAGCCCGGAGCCAGCGCCGGGAUGGCCCAGAUGGAGAACAAGAGGACAAACAGGGAGAGUGAUGCAGUGGAAAAAAGGGGCCCAUACAUCAUGACCAAAGCUUCCUCCAUUCAUGCCAAACUGCAGAAGCAUCGAGAAAUGGCGAAGGCGGUGCUGCGGAGGAAAGGCAUCCUGGGGGCAACCGUUCAACAGCAACCAAAGCCAGCAGCAAAGAGGUCAGUGAAGUUUAACAAGGGCUAUGCUGCGCUCAGCCAGACAGCGGAUGAGAACCUGGUGUCCCUUGAUUCAGACAGUGAUGGGGAGCUGGAGUCAAGAUGUUCCUCCGGUUACUCCUCUGCAGAGCAGGUGAACCAGGAUCUAAGCCGUCAGCUUCUGCAGGACGGGUACCACCUAGAUGAGAUCCCGGACGAUGAGGACCUAGAUCUCAUUCCCCCAAAACCUGUUGCCUCGUCACCUUGUCCCUGUUGCUUCGGGGAGUCUCUCUCCUGCACAAUCCAGUAGGCACUGCUCAACCGGGGCUGCACACUACAAGCCAAGGGCCAGCACUUUCUACCAUGUUUCUUAGUACAUUAGUAUGCCUGAUAGAGGCAACUACAUUCAGCAUUGAACACUGGCAGAAACUGAAAUGGGCUCAGUGACUGAAGAACUGGAUGCUGCCACUGCUGCAGUUAUUGGCAUCUGCUCAAGUUGAGCAGCAACAGUUGAUUAUCCCAAAGCUACUUUUUGUUACAUAUAGUGAUAUAAUAUAUAGCUAUUAUGUGUAGCUGUUCAGGUUCCCUGAACGUGGAAAGUGUUGGAGCGUGGAAAGAUGCUUCAUGCUGGCUGGGGGAGGAGGGAGAAGAGAGAACAUGUGCGUACUCUCACUCUUAAAGGAGAACUCCAAAGCUGUUUGUAAAGGGGAACAGCAAAGGUCCUAAAUCAGUAACCUAACAAGCUGGAGAAAUGCAAAUGAAGGCACUUGAGUCUGCAAACAGUCAUUCCUUUUCCUCAUCUGCCAAGGCUGGGGUUCGGGAUCUGGUGCUGCCUUGGGUGGUUGCCAUGUCCUUACAGACUCUGAACUCAGGAUCUAGCAGGUAAGCAGAGAAGGAAGGAACUUCUAUUUCCCCAAUGUUAAAACAAGCUACUUGAAAGGCUCUUGAAUACUGUGAUCCAGUUUGCUCACACGUUUUGUUAAUCCUGUGGGAUUUCAAAUGAUUUGCUUUCAUUCUUUGGGGUUCAUCUCAUUAACUGGUUGUUUUUAUUCAGUGACUAAAGCAUUAACUGUCCUUUAUUUU